CAGACUCCAGUUCCCAGUGGUUUUCCUCACUUGAGGAUUAGGGCUGGGGGUAAAAUCAUUUUCAGUGCCAAUCAAUGAAUUUGUCCUAGCUGGAUCCUGGCUCUAUUCUCACUGCAGAACCUAACAACCUAUCAUUUCUCUGCAGAGACUCCUGGGAGCUGCUGGAAUAUCUACAGAGCUACUAAGUGUUAGCCAGCGGUCUAAGGGAUAAGGCUGUCAAACCACAUUUGUGAGCAGCUGAAUCUAAGGAGGAUAUUACACUCUUUUGUGGAACACAAUUGGCAGAGCUGGUGAUGGCCUGUGGAUCAGGGCUCCUGUUGCCUCUGCUGCUGGGGCAACUGUGCUCUCAGCUUCCAGGAACCUCUGGGGAUCCUAUGCAGCACCACAGGGAUCUGCAGAAAGACAAUGGCAGCUGGGGACUGGAAGGAACACAGGAAAAUGGUUCAGUGGUGUCUACUCACACACUCCUCUUCUCUCUGGAUUACCAGCAUGUGCAAAUUCCUUUUGAAAUCACACUCUGGAUCAUGUUAGCUUCUCUGGCAAAGAUAGGAUUUCACCUCUAUAAUAAGAUGCCCACAGUUGUACCUGAGAGCUGUCUCUUGAUAUUUGUAGGUCUCAUCAUGGGAGGACUAAUCUACAGUUUAAAUGAUAAAUCCCCACCAGUCAUGGAUAGUGACAUAUUUUUCCUCUAUUUGCUUCCACCAAUAGUGCUUGAGGCAGGAUAUUUUAUGCCAAGUCGGCCCUUUUUUGAGAACAUAGGAACCAUUCUGUUGUAUGCAGUAGUUGGAACCAUGUGGAAUGCCUUUGGAAUAGGCCUUUCCCUCUAUGGCAUAUGCCAGGUAGAGUACUUCAACCUUCAAGACCUAUCAUUGCUCCAUAACCUUUGGUUUGGCAGCUUGAUUGCUGCAGUGGAUCCUGUCGCUGUACUGUCUGUAUUUGAAGAAAUACAUGUGAAUGAAAAGCUUCAUAUUUUGGUAUUUGGAGAAUCUCUCCUUAAUGAUGCCGUUACUGUUGUUCUCUAUAAAUUGUUCAAAUCUUUUUGUGAGAUGCCAUCUAUCAAACUAUUGGAUGUUUUUGCUGCGAUAGGAAAGUUUUUUUUGGUUGGACUAGGAGGAGUUUUCAUUGGGUUCCUGUUUGGCAUGUUUGCUGCCUUUACGACCCGCUUUACCAAGACAAUCCGGGUCAUUGAACCCCUCUUUGUCUUCUUAUAUAGUUAUCUCUCCUACCUGACAGCUGAAAUGUUCCAUCUUUCAGGAAUUGUGGCGUAAGUAUGUAGACAAAUCUUUGAUUUGAUUUUUUUUUUAAUGAACUAAGUCUGAUUUUCCUUUGGGAAUCUAGGAAAUUACAUCUUCUAAGUCUUACAGGUGAACCCUGCCUUUAUGCUCUAUUAAGAUUUUCUAUUACUGCAAUUAGAAUCACGUCCUCAUAGUACU